AUGUGUUAUUAUGUAGCGUAGCCGCUACAUGUCUCAGCAGUCCUUCCUAUAAGUGUUAAUUCCUCCUCUGGCAGCAUUGAGUCCUGUUACACCACACCCUCCUCAGGCACUGUCUCUAUGAGACACACGCUGAGUGGACAAAUCACUAAGAACCCCUGCUCUUUCCAUGACAUAGACUGACCAGGUGAAUCCAGGUGAAAGCUAUGAUCCCUUAUUGAUGUCACUUGUUUUAAUCCACUUCAAUCAGUGUAGAUGAAGGGGAGGAGACAGGUUAAAGAAGGAUUUUUCAGCCUUGAGACAAUUGAGACAUGGAUUGUGUAUGUGUGCCAUUCAGAGGGUGAAUGGGCAAGACAAAAGAUUGAAGUGCCUUUGAACGGGGUACGGUAGUAGGUGCCAGACGCACCGGUUUGUGCCAAGAACUGCAACGCUGCAGGGUUUUUCACGCUCAUCAGUUUCCCGUGUAUCAAGAAUGGUCCACCACCCAAAGGACAUCCAGCCAACUUGACACAACUGUUGGAAGCAUUGGAGUCAACAUGGGCCAGCAUCCCUGUGGAACGCUUUUGACUCUAGUAGAGUUCAUGCCCCGACGAAUUGAGGCUGUUAAAAGGUCAAAAGUGUGUGGGGGGGGGGGGGGGGUGCAACUCAAUAUUCGGAAGGUGUUACUAAUGUUUGGUAAACAUUUUACAUUUUAGUCAUUUAGCAGACGCUCUUAUCCAGAGCGUCUUACAGUUAGUGAGUGCAUACAUUUUCAUACUGGCCCUCCCGUGGGAAACGAACCCACAACCCUGGCAUUGCAAGCGCCAUGCCCUACCAACUGAGCUACAGGGGACUAACCUACAACCUCACUGCAGAGAACAGACCAGGCUAUCUAGUAUCUACCCCACAGGCUGAACCAACCUCACUGCAGAGAACAGACCAGGCUAUCUAGUAUCUACCCCACAGGCUGAACCAACCUCACUGCAGAGAACAGACCAGGCUAUCUAGUAUCUACCCCACAGGCUGAACCAACCUCACUGAAGAGAACAGACCAGGCUAUCUAGUAUCGACCCCCCCAGGCUGAACCAACCUCACUGCAGAGAACAGACCAGGCUAUCUAGUAUCUACCCCACAGGCUGAACCAACCUCACUGCAGAGAACAGACCAGGCUAUCUAGUAUCUACCCCACAGGCUGAACCAACCUCACUGCAGAGAACAGACCAGGCUAUCUAGUAUCUACCCCACAGGCUGAACCAACCUCACUGCAGAGAACAGACCAGGCUAUCUAGUAUCUACCCCACAGGCUGAACCAACCUCACUGCAGAGAACAGACCAGGCUAUCUAGUAUCUACCCCACAGGCUGAACCAACCUCACUGCAGAGAACAGACCAGGCUAUCUAGUAUCUACCCCACAGGCUGAACCAACCUCACUGCAGAGAACAGACCAGGCUAUCUAGUAUCUACCCCACAGGCUGAACCAACCUCACUGCAGAGAACAGACCAGGCUAUCUAGUAUCUACCCCACAGGCUGAACCAACCUCACUGCAGAGAACAGACCAGGCUAUCUAGUAUCUACCCCACAGGCUGAACCAACCUCACUGCAGAGAACAGACCAGGCUAUCUAGUAUCUACCCCACAGGCUGAACCAACCUCACUGCAGAGAACAGACCAGGCUAUCUAGUAUCUACCCCACAGGCUGAACCAACCUCACUGCAGAGAACAGACCAGGCUAUCUAGUAUCUACCCCACAGGCUGAACCAACCUCACUGCAGAGAACAGACCAGGCUAUCUAGUAUCUACCCCACAGGCUGAACCAACCUCACUGCAGAGAACAGACCAGGCUAUCUAGUAUCUACCCCACAGGCUGAACCAACCUCACUGCAGAGAACAGACCAGGCUAUCUAGUAUCUACCCCACAGGCUGAACCAACCUCACUGCAGAGAACAGACCAGGCUAUCUAGUAUCUACCCCACAGGCUGAACCAACCUCACUGCAGAGAACAGACCAGGCUAUCUAGUAUCUACCCCACAGGCUGAACCAACCUCACUGCAGAGAACAGACCAGGCUAUCUAGUAUCUACCCCACAGGCUGAACCAACCUCACUGCAGAGAACAGACCAGGCUAUCUAGUAUCUACCCCACAGGCUGAACCAACCUCACUGCAGAGAACAGACCAGGCUAUCUAGUAUCUACCCCACAGGCUGAACCAACCUCACUGCAGAGAACAGACCAGGCUAUCUAGUAUCUACCCCACAGGCUGAACCAACCUCACUGCAGAGAACAGACCAGGCUAUCUAGUAUCUACCCCACAGGCUGAACCAACCUCACUGCAGAGAACAGACCAGGCUAUCUAGUAUCUACCCCACAGGCUGAACCAACCUCACUGCAGAGAACAGACCAGGCUAUCUAGUAUCUACCCCACAGGCUGAACCAACCUCACUGCAGAGAACAGACCAGGCUAUCUAGUAUCUACCCCCACAGGCUGAACCAACCUCACUGCAGAGAACAGACCAGGCUAUCUAGUAUCUACCCCACAGGCUGAACCAACCUCACUGCAGAGAACAGACCAGGCUAUCUAGUAUCUACCCCACAGGCUGAACCAACCUCACUGCAGAGAACAGACCAGGCUAUCUAGUAUCUACCCCCCCAGGCUGAACCAACCUCACUGCAGAGAACAGACCAGGCUAUCUAGUAUCUACCCCACAGGCUGAACCAACCUCACUGCAGAGAACAGACCUGGCGAUCCACCUCUUUCCUGUCUUCUAGAUGUUUCUAGUCAGUGUAUUUUAGUACAGGGUUGUUUAUAUAAAGGUGUAAAGAGACUUCCUUUCCCUGGAGGACAAUACAUGUAGUUUCCUGUUGUGUUGUAGUCGUGCUCUCUCUCUCCUCUGUGGGUGGUUUCUACAACCGCUCAGUCACUCUGUUGAUUAGCCACAGGGGUGCAGGCUUUCAUUCUAGCCCUGCAGUAACGUAGCAUCUUCAGAUAAUCCCGUCCCCACCAGAAUGAAAAAAAAACAUGAUUUUAGUUCAGCGUUGGAAACGGGUGUGUUAGUGAAGGCCUGGAGCAAAGUCCUGCACACCCCAGUCAAGGGUUGACAUUAACUUUUACAGCCACUUGUUCUUUUAGCCACUCCUCCGUCUCUCUCCUCUCCCCCUCUCCUCUCCCCCAUCUCGCCCAAACUCCCACUCUGAGCUCUGUCGCCCUUGCGCGUCCUCUCGCUGCCUGAGGGCACACACUUAAUAUGUUGUGAAAUCUGUUAUGAAUGUAUUGCAAUGUUUUUUUUAAAAUGUAUAACCGCCUUAAUUUUGCUGGACCCCAGGAAGAGUAGCUGCUGCCUUGGCAGGAACUAAUGGGGAUCCAUAAUAAAUACAAAUAUCAACACCUAGUCCACAUACCAACACCUAACCCAACACCUAGUCCACAUACCAACACCUAACCCAACACCUAGUCCACAUACCAACACCUAACACCUAGUCCACAUACCAACACCUAGUCCACAUACCAACACCUAGUCCACAUACCAACACCUAACCAGCACCUAGUCCACAUACCAACACCUAACCCAACACCUAGUCCACAUACCAACACCUAGUCCACAUACCAACACCUAGUCCACAUACCAACACCUAGUCCACAUACCAACACCUAGACCACAUACCAACACCUAGUCCACAUACCAACACCUAGUCCACAUACCAACACCUAACACCUAGUCCACAUACCAACACCUAACACCUAGUCCACAUACCAACACCUAGUCCACAUACCAACACCUAACACCUAGUCCACAUACCAACACCUAGUCCACAUACCAACACCUAGUCCACAUACCAACACCUAGUCCACAUACCAACACCUAGUCCACAUACCAACACCUAGUCCACAUACAACACCUAACCCAACACCUAGUCCACAUACCAACACCUAGUCCACAUACCAACACAUAGUCCACAUACCAACACAUAGUCCACAUACCAACACCUAGUCCACAUACCAACACCUAGUCCACAUACCAACACCUAACCCAACACCUAGUCCACAUACCAACACCUAAGCCAACACCUAGUCCACAUUCCAACACCUAGUCCACAUACCAACACCUAGUCCACUUACCAACACCUAGUCCACAUACCAACACCUAGCUUGCCCGCUUUCUCUCUUCUAAGAGAUUUUGUUGCCAUGGAGGCAGAUCUUUUCCAAAUCCUGUUGUAUAACAGAGACUAGAGUUUUUUCCCUGUUCUCACAAGUCAUCGGAGGGGAGGGGAGUAACACACCUGUGACUGUAAUGUGAUCUCUACGCUCUGGGCUCUUGGCCAUGUUUGCAAACAGACACACAGAGAUUCUGUUCUCCUAGAAGUGGUGUGGAAUUACCAGACUGCCGCUGCGCUACACCGCCUGGUGUCCAUGAUAUUCUCCUGGGAGGGAGAGAGAGCGAAGGGGAACACUGUCACUAAGUGUGUCGUGUGUCUGUGUUAGUCAGUGGCUGGAUCAGGAGAAGUGUGGAGACAGGCAGACAGACAGGCAGGCAGGCAGGCGGGCAGACAGACAGACAGGCAGGCAUGCAGGCAUGCAGGCAGGCAGGCAGGCAGGCAGGCAGGCAGGCAGACAGGCAGACAGCCAGCUGAAAGGUUUUAGUAUAGAUGAUAGAGGAGGUGGAAGCAGGAGAAGUUCUGGUGUCUGACACUCACAUCAAAGUACACAGGAGGAGAAUCCAACCUAACUCAUUUGUCUCUUCCUCCUCUCCUCCUCUCCUCCUCUUCCUCCCUCCUCCUCUCCUCCUCUGCAGUGUCAGAACAUAUCAAAUCCAGGCAGAGUCCUGAUCCUCGGCCCGCCAAUCUGAACGACAACCUCCCCACUACAUACACACACACACACACACACACACACACACACACACACACACACACAUUCUGCUCCGAGCAUCUUCAGCGAUGCCAACAGGGUUCCAGCCAGCCGCCAGCCCCUCUCCCAGGCUAGUCCCGUGUGUCCAGCCCUGAACCCUGACCUCCUAACCACUAGCUGACCCCGUGGCUCUAGGAACCCCCGGUGCAGCUGUCCUCCACACAGCCAGGGGGCGCCCUGACCCGGACCGCCACCGGACAGGCAGCGCCACUAACAGGUAAUAAAAUGUAGAUUCGAUUUCUAUGAACAUUACCUCACCUCACCUAGGCUACAUCUGAAAUGGCAUUAUUCCUCUAUGGUUCAGUAGGUUAACACUGCCAACACUAAGGUCCUCUAUGUCUCAGUAGGUUAACACUGCCAACACUAAGGUCCUCUAUGUCUCAGUAGGUUAACACUGCCAACACUAAGGUCCUCUAUGGCUCAGUAGGUUAACACUGCCAACACUAAGGUCCCUAUGUCAGUAGGUUAACACUGCCAACACUAAAGGUCCUCUAUGUCUCAGUAGGUUAACACUGCCAACACUAAGGUCCUCUAUGGCUCAGUAGGUUAACACUGCCAACACUAAGGUCCUCUAUGGUUCAGUAGGUUAACACUGCCAACACUAAGGUCCUCUAUGUCUCAGUAGGUUAACACUGCCAACACUAAGGUCCUCUAUGUCUCAGUAGGUUAACACUGCCAACACUAAGGUCCUCUAUGUCUCAGUAGGUUAACACUGCCAACACUAAGGUCCUCUAUGUCUCAGUAGGUUAACACUGCCAACACUAAGGUCCUCUAUGGCUCAGUAGGUUAACACUGCCAACACUAAGGUCCUCUAUGUCUCAGUAGGUUAACACUGCCAACACUAAGGUCCUCUAUGUCUCAGUAGGUUAACACUGCCAACACUAAGGGUCCUCUAUGUCUCAGUAGGUUAACACUGCCAACACUAAGGUCCUCUAUGUCUCAGUAGGUUAACACUGCCAACACUAAGGUCCUCUAUGGUUCAGUAGGUUAACACUGCCAACACUAAGGUCCUCUAUGGCUCAGUAGGUUAACACUGCCGACACUAAGGUCCUCUAUGGCUCAGUAGGUUAACACUGCCAACACUAAGGUCCUCUAUGUCUCAGUAGGUUAACACUGCCAACACUAAGGUCCUCUAUGGUCUCAGUAGGUUAACACUGCCAACACUAAGGUCCUCUAUGGUCUCAGUAGGUUAACACUGCCAACACUAAGGUCCUCUAUGUCUCAGUAGGUUAACACUGCCAACACUAAGGUCCUCUAUGUCUCAGUAGGUUAACACUGCCAACACUAAGGUCCUCUAUGGCUCAGUAGGUUAACACUGCCAACACUAAGGUCCUCUAUGGCUCAGUAGGUUAACACUGCCAACACUAAGGUCCUCUAUGUCUCAGUAGGUUAACACUGCCAACACUAAGGUCCUCUAUGUCUCAGUAGGUUAACACUGCCAACACUAAGGUCCUCUAUGUCUCAGUAGGUUAACACUGCCAACACUAAGGUCCUCUAUGUCUCAGUAGGUUAACACUGCCAACACUAAGGUCCUCUAUGGCUCAGUAGGUUAACACUGCCACACUAAGGUCCUCUAUGGCUCAGUAGGUUAACACUGCCAACACUAAGGUCCUCUAUGUCUCAGUAGGUUACACUGCCAACACUAAGGUCCUCUAUGGUCUCAGUAGUUAACACUGCCAACACUAAGGUCCUCUAUGGUUCAGUCGGUUAACACUGCCAACACUAAGGUCCUCUAGGGUCUUGGUUACACUGCCGACACGAAGGGCCUCUAUGCCAGUAGGUUAACACUGCCAACACUAAGGUCCUCUAUGGUCUCAGUAGGUUAACACUGCCACACUAAGGUCCUCUAUGUCUCAGUAAGGUUAACACUGCCAACACUAAGGUCCUCUAUGGCUCAGUAGGUUACACUGCCAACACUAAGGUCCUCUAUGGCUCAGUAGGUUAACACUGCCAACACUAAGGUCCUCUAUGUCUCAGUAGGUUAACACUGCCAACACUAAGGUCCUCUAUGGCUCAGUAGGUUCUCCUAAGCCUUAUGUCUGUUAACACGAACCACUAAGGUCCUCUAUGGCUCAGUAGGUUAACACUGCCACACUAAGGUCCUCUAUGCUCAGUAGGUUAACACUGCCAACACUAAGGUCCUCUUGUCUCAGUAGGUUAACACUGCCAACACUAAGGUCCUCUAUGGUCUCAGUAGGUUAACACUGCCAACACUAGGUCCUCUAUGGCUCAGAGGUUACAGACUGCCAACACUAAGGUCCUCUAUGGCUCAGUAGGUUAAUAACACUGCCAACACUAAGGUCCUCUAUGUGCUCAGUAGGUUAACACUGCCACACUAAGGUCCUCUAUGUCUCAGUAGGUUAACACUGCCAACACUAAGGUCCUCUAUGGUCUCAGUAGGUUAACACUGCCAACACUAAGGUCCUCUAUGGCUCAGUAGGUUAACACUGCCAACACUAAGGUCCUCUAUGGCUCGUAGGUUAACACUGCCAACACUAAGGUCCUCUUAGGUCUCAGUAGGUUAACACUGCCACAACUAAGGUCCUCUAGUGGCUCAGUAGGUUAACACUGCCAACACUAGGUCCUCAUGGCUCAGUAGGUUAACCUGCAACACUGGUCGUGUAGUUCCAGUGGUAAUACAUGAACUAAUGUGUCAUCUAUGGGCCUCAGGUAGUUAGAACAAAGCUGUAGUGUCUGUAGGGUGGUGGUGGUAUAAUGAACUAGACAGUAGUGUGGUAGUGUCUGUAGGGUGUGGUGGUUAAAAUGAACUAGACCGUAGUGGUGGUAGUGUCUUAUGGUGUGGUGGUAAUAAUGAACUAGACAUUAGUGGUGGUAGUGUCUGUAGGGUGGUGUGGUGGUAAUAAUGAACUAGACAUAGUGGUGGUAGUGUCCUGUAGGGGUGUGGUGGUGGUAAUAAUGAACUAGACAGUAGUGGUGGUAGUGUCUGUAGGGGUGGUGGUGGUAAUAAUGAACUAGACAGUAGUGGUGUAGUGUCUGUAAGGGGUGGGGUAAUAAUGAACUAGACAGUAGUGGUGGUAGUGUCUGUAGGGGGAUGGUGGUGGUAAUAAUGAACUAGACAGUAGUGGUGGUAGUGUCUGUAGGGUGGUGGUGGUAAUAAAUGAACUAGACAGUAGUGGUGGUAGUGUCUGUAGGGGUGGUGGUGGUGGUAAUAAUGAACUAGACAGUAGUGGUGGUAGUGUCUGUAGGGGAGGUGGUGGUAAUAAUGAACUAGACAGUAGUGGUGGUAGUGUCUGUAGGGGAGGUGGUGGUAAUAAUGAACUAGAACAGUAGUGGUGGUAUGUCCUGUAGGGGUGGUGGUGGUGGUAAUAAUGAACUAGACAGUAGUGGUGGUAGUGUCUGUAGGGGUGGUGGUGGUGGUAAUAAUGAACUAGACAGUAGUGGUGGUAGUGUCUGUAGGGGUGGUGGUGGUAAUAAUGAACUAGACAGUAGUGGUGGUAGUGUCUGUAGGGGUGUGGUGGGUGGUAAUAAUGACUAGACAGUAGUGGUGGUAGUGUCUGUAGGGGUGGUGGUGGGUGGUAAUAAUGAACUAGACAGUAGUGGUGUAGUGUCUGUAGGGGUGGUGGUGGUGGUAAUAAUGACACUAGACAGUAGUGGUUGUAGUGUCUGUAGGGGGGUGGUGGUGGUAAUAAUGAACUAGACAGUAGUGGUGGUAGUGUCUGUAGGGGGUGGUGGUGGUGGUAAUAAUGAACUAGACAGUAGUGGUGGUAGUGUCUGUAGGGGGGGGGGUGGUGGUAAUAAUGAACUAGACAGUAGUGGUGGUAGUGUCUGUAGGGGUGGUGGUGGUAAUAAAUGAACUAGACAGUAGUGGUGGUAGUGUCUGUAGGGUGUGGUUGGUGGUAAUAAUGAACUAGACAGUAGUGGUGGUAGUGUCUGUAGGGGUGGUGGUGGUGGUAAUAAUGAACUAGACAGUAGUGGUGGUAGUGUCUGUAGGGGUGGUGGUGGUGGUAAUAAUGAACUAGACAGUAGUGGUGGUAGUGUCUGUAGGGGGGUGGUGGUGGUAAUAAUGAACUAGACAGUAGUGGUGGUAUGUCCUGUAGGGGGUGGUGGUGGUGGUAAUAAGAACUAGACAGUAGUGGUGGUAGUGUCUGUAGGGGUGGGUGGUGGUGGUAAUAAUGAACUAGACAGUAGUGGUGGUAGUGUCUGUAGGGGGUGGUGGUGGUGGUAAUAAUGAACUAGACAGUAGUGGUGGUAGUGUCUGUAGGGGUGGUGGGUGGUGGUAAUAAUGAACUAGACAGUAGUGGUGGUAGUGUCUGUAGGGGGGUGGUGGUGGUAAUAAUGAACUAGACAGUAGUGGUGGUAGUGUCUGUAGGGGUGGGGGUGGGUGGUAAUAAUGAACUAGACAGUAGUGGUGGUAGUGUCUGUAGGGGUGGUGGUGGUGGUAAUAAUGAACUAGACAGUAGUGGUGGUAGUGUCUGGUAGGGGUGGGUGGUGGUAAUAAUGAACUAGACAGUAUGGUGGUAGUGUCUGUAGGGGGUGGGGUGGUGGUAAUAAUGAACUAGACAGUAGUGGUGGUAGUGUCUGUAGGGGGGUGGUGGGUAAUAAUGAACUAGACAGUAGUGGUGGUAGUGUCUGUAGGGGGUGGGUGGUAUGAAUGAACUAGACAGUAGUGGUGGUAGUGUCUGUAGGGGUGGUGGGGUGGUGGUAAUAAUGAACUAGACAGUAGUGGUGGGUAGUGUCUGUAGGGGUGGUGGUGGUGGUAAUAAUGAACUAGACAGUAGUGGUGGUAGUGUCUGUAGGGGGGUGGUGGUGGUAAUAAUGAACUAGACAGUAGUGGUGGUAGUGUCUGUAGGGGGGGUGGUGGUAAUAAUGAACUAGACAGUAGUGGUGGUAGUGGUCUGUAGGGGGGUGGUGGUGGGUAAUAAUGAACUAGACAGUAGUGGUGGUAGUGUCUGUAGGGGUGGUGGUGGUGGUGGUAAUAUGAACUAGACAGUAGUGGUGGUAGUGUCUGUAGGGGUGGUGGGUGGUGGGUAAUAAUGAACUAGACAGUAGUGUGGUAGUGUCUGUGGGUGGUGGGUAAUAAUGAACUAGACAGUAGUGGUGGUAGUGUCUGUAGGGGUGUGGUGGUGGUGGUAAUAAUGAACUAGACAGUAGUGGUGGUAGUGUCUGUAGGGGUGGGUGGUGUAAUAAUGAACUAGACAGUAGUGGUGGUAGUGUCUGUAGGGGUGGUGGUGGUAAUAAUGAACUAGACAUAGUGGUGGUAGUGUCUGUAGGGUGGUGGUGGUGGUAAUAAUGAACUAGACAGUAGUGGUGGUAGUGUCUGUAGGGGUGGUGGUGGUGGUGGUAAUAAUGAACUAGACAGUAGUGGUGGUAGUGUCUGUAGGGGUGGUGGUGGUGGUAUAAUGAACUAGACAGUAGUGGUGGUAGUGUCUGUAGGGGGUGGUGGUGGUAAUAAUGAACUAGACAGUAGUGGUGGUAGUGUCUGUAGGGGUGGUGGUGGUGUAAUAUGAACUAGACAUAGUGGUGGUAGUGUCUGUAGGGGUGGUGGUGGUGGUAAUAAUGAACUAGACAGUAGUGGUGGUAGUGUCUGUAGGGGUGGUGGUAAUAAUGAACUAGACAGUAGUGGUGGUAGUGUCUGUAGGGGUGGGGUGGUGGUAAUAAUGAACUAGACAGUAGUGGUGGUAGUGUCUGUAGGGGGUGGUGGUGGUGGUAAUAAUGAACUAGACAGUAGUGGUGGUAGUGUCUGUAGGGGUGGUGGUGGUAAUAAUGAACUAGACAGUAGUGGUGGUAGUGUCUGUAGGGGUGGUGGUGGUGGUAAUAAUGAACUAGACAGUAGUGGUGGUAGUGUCUGUAGGGGGGGUGGUGGUGGUAAUAAUGAACUAGACAGUAGUGGUGGUAGUGUCUGUAGGGGUGGUGUGGUGGUGGUAAUAAUGAACUAGACAUUAGUGGUGGUAGUGUCUGUAGGGGUGGUGGUGGUAAUAAUGAACUAGACAGUAGUGGUGGUAGUGUCUGUAGGGGUGGUGGUGGUGGUAAUAAUGAACUAGGCAGUAGUGGUGGUAGUGUCUGUAGGGGUGGUGGUGGUAAUAAUGAACUAGACAGUAGUGGUGGUAGUGUCUGUAGGGGUGGUGGUGGUAAUAAUGAACUAGACAGUAGUGGUGGUAGUGUCUGUAGGGGUGGUGGUGGUAAUAAUGAACUAGACAGUAGUGGUGGUAGUGUCUGUAGGGGUGGUGUUAAUAAUGAACUAGACAGUAGUGUGGUAGUUCUGUAGGGGGGGUGGUGGUAAUAAUGAACUAGACAGUAGUGGUGGUAGUGUCUGUAGGGGGUGGUGGUGGUGGUAAUAAUGAACUAGACAUUAGUGGUGGUAGUGGUCUGUAGGGGUGGUGGUGGUGGUAAUAUGAACUAGACAGUAGUGGUGGUAGUGUCUGUAGGGGUGGUGGUGGUGGUAAUAAUGAACUAGACAGUAGUGGUGGUGUCUGUAGGGGUGGUGGUGGUGUUAAUACGUUUGUAGUGUACCUAGACAGUAUCUAAACUAGGAGCAGGUGGUAGUGUACCUAGACAGUAUCUAAACUAGGAGCAGGUGGUAGUGUACCUAGACAGUAUCUAAACUAGGACCAACUGAGUGGUCAUGUUGCUCGUCUCUUCUUUUAAACCUGCUUUAUUUCUUCUGCUGCUGUUUAACAUUCUAUUAUGGGUUUUUACUCUCUCUGUCUCUCAUGUUCUCUCUCUCUCUCUCUCAUGUUCUCUCUCAUGUUCUCUCUCUCUCUGUCUCUCUCAUGUUCUCUCUCUUGUUCUCUCUCUCUCUGUCUCUCUCUCAUGUUCUCUCUCUCUCUCUGUCUCUCUCUCAUGUUCUCUCUCUCUCUCUAUCUCUAUCUGUCUAUCUAUCUAUCAAUGUAUCUUUCUCUCUCCUACUCUCUCUCGCUCUCCCAUGUUCUCUCUAUCUAUCCUCUCUCUCUCUCUUUAUCCUCCUCUCUCUCAUGUUCUUGCCUCUCUUCUGUCUUGUAUCCUAGGCAUGGCUCCAAUUCGGGACUCGGUCAACCACUCCCCUAACCAAACAGGUGACAACCUUUGACCUUGCCUCCUGUUGUCUCUGCCUCUGAACCUCUCCCUCCACUACUACAGUCAGACAACAAGUGCAUUCCUGAAGUCCCCCCAGGAGCUCACGUUAACGUUAAUGCUGUUAUGUCGACUCAGUGUGUCGGUCCUUGUCUGAUCUUGCCUGCUGUCCACCUUUAGAUAGUCUCACCUUGCCUGCUGUCCACCUUUAGAUAGUCUCACCUUGCCUGCUGUCCACCUUUAGAUAGUCUCACCUUGCCUGCUGUCCACCUUUAGAUAGUCUCACCAUUGCCUGCUGUCCACUUUUAAGAUAGUCCCACCUUGCCUGCUGUCCACUUUAGAUAGUCUCACCUUGCCUGCUGUCCACCUUUAGAUAGUCUCACCUUGCCUGCUGUCCACCUUUAGAUAGUCUCACCUUGCCUGCUGUCCACCUUUAGAUAGUCUCACCUUGCCUGCUGUCCACCUUUAGAUAGUCUCACCUUGCCUGCUGUCCACUUUUAGAUAGUCUCACCUUGCCUGCUGUCCACUUUUAGAUAGUCUCACCUUGCCUGCUGUCCACCUUUAGAUAGUCUCACCUUGCCUGCUGUCCACCUUUAGAUAGUCUCACCUUGCUGCUGUCCACCUUUAGAUAGUCUCACCUUGCCUGCUGUCCACCUUUAGAUAGUCUCACCUUGCCUGCUGUCCACCUUUAGAUAGUCUCACCUUGCCUGCUGUCCACCUUUAGAUAGUCUCACCUUGCCUGCUGUCCACCUUAAACUACUUUUGUCACAGCAUGGCUCCUACAAAGGUAGGGGUUAGGGUACAAAGGUAGGGGUUAGGGUACAAAGGUAGGGGUUAGGGUACAAAGGUAGGGGUUAGGGUACAAAGGCACAGACAGCUAGAGAGGAUGGAGGGAGGGAGGGAGAGAGGAGGGAGAGGGAGCAUUCUGACUUGGCAGCCAUCGUGUGUGUGUGUGUGACUGACGAGAAUGAAAGCGGCUUUCCAGAGAACCAGGGUGGCUAAUUCUGAGAAGAACGGAUAGAGAUGAGAAUAGAGGGGGUUGGAGGGAUAUAGGAGACAUGAAAGGCUUCCUUUAGUACUGAGAAGAGCUGCUAGCAGUAGAAGAACCAACAGCCCCCCCUCUCCAAUGUCCUUCCUUUUCCCUCCCCUGUCUCCCCCCGUCUCCCUCCCUCCUCCGUCUCCACUGCUCCUCCUGCUCCCCCCUCUCCCCGUCCCCCCCUUCUCCUCCCCCUCCCCCCCGUCUCCUCCCCGUCUCCCCCCUCCCCUCCUCCCCUCACCCCCUCCCCCCCUCCCUCUCCGCUCCCCUCCCUCCACUCUCCCCCCUCCCCCCCCCUCCCUCCCUCCCUCCCUCCUCCCUCUCCCCCGUCUCCCUCCCCCCCUCCUCCCCCCUCCCCCCCCUCUCCCCUCCCCCCUCCCUCUCCCACUGCUCCCUCCCUCCCUCCCCCCCCUCUCUCCCCUCUCCCCCCCCCGUCCCUCCCCCCCCUCCCUCCCUCCUCCCUCCCUCCCCCCCCCUCCCUCCCCCCUCCCCUCCCUCCCUCGCCCCCCCCCCCGUCUCCCGUCUCCCUCCCCCCUCCUGUCUCCCCCCCCCACUCCCCUCUCCUCCCCCCCCCCCCCCCCCACCCUCCCCUCCCUCAAUGUCUGAUUCCUGUGGUAGGCUUUGUAACAUCAUGCUGCUGAAACCAAAAUGGUGCCAGCUGACUAGCCGACACACAACCACUGCCGAAACAAAAUGGUGGCAGCUGACUAGACCGACACACACACUGCCGAAACAAAAUGGUGGCAGCUGACUAGACCGACACACACACUGCUGAAACAAAAUGGUGGCAGCUGACUAGACCGACACACACACUGCUGAAACAAAAUGGUGGCAGCUGACUAGACCGACACACACUGUGAAUGUCUGCAUCGUUAUCACAGACAACACUGGGGCUUUAGGUUAGAGUGGCACGUUGAGAGCAAUAGUGUUACUGAGAUCAGAGAAACCUCUGGGAGACUUACACACAAUGCACCUUUCCUUCUUUUCACUAAGUAACAGGGUGUAUGUCUGGGUUCAAUCCCACAGCUUCCACCAAUCCACACGUUAAAAUCAAUGAUUUAGUUGAAAGCAAGAAGAUUUGUCCUGGUGUGUGUGUGUUCUCUGUAGAGCUAACCAACCUCCACCAACGACCUCUUCCCCCCCCCCCCCGCCGCCUUUCUGUUCCCCAGGUCUGGACCACCCUGGCCUGGAUUCGCAGUAUGACAAUUCCCCCUGGAGCUCUGGUUCUCCCUGCGACAGCAACAGUAACUGGGGCAAGGUGAGUUCUCUCUGACCUUCUCCAAAUGUACAUGUAAAUCCUGCCAUGUUUUUUUCACUUGUAUUUGAACUUGAACGUUAUAUGCGGAGGUGGCCUACGGGGAAACCUGUCGGACGUCGCGCCAAAAAUCAGUUUUUUUUGUGGAAAUUUAGAUUUUGGUUGUUUUUGAAUACUUAAAAAAAAAAAAAACUAAAUAGUAUGAUUUACUUAAGGAACAUUUUCCAAGGUUAGCUAGCAUGCGCAAUGUGAAAACGCUAGCUCAAACUUCCCUGACUCGAUCAGACUGGUUUAGACUGAAUAGUGAACUAGCUAGUUAGUAAUGAAAUCAGGCUGGUUUAGACUGAAUAGUGAACUAGCUAGUUAGUAAUGAAAUCAGACUGGUUUAGACUGAAUAGUGAACUAGCUAGUUAGUAAUGAAAUCAGACUGGUUUAGACUGAAUAGUGAACUAGCUAGUUAGUAAUGAAAUCAGACUGGUUUAGACUGACAUAGUGAAACUAGCUAGUUAGUAAUGAAAUCAGACUGGUUUAGACUGAAUAGUGAACUAGCUAGUUAGUAAUGAAAUCAGACUGGUUUAGACUGAAUAUUGAACUAGCUAGUUAGUAAUGAAAUCAGAACGGUUUAGACUGAAUAGUGAACUAGCUAGUUAGUAAUGAAAUCAGACUGGUUUAGACUGAAUAGUGAACUAGCUAGUUAGUAAUGAAAUCAGACUGGUUUAGACUGAAUAGUGAACUAGCUAGUUAGUAAUGAAAUCAGACUGGUUUAGACUGAAUAGUGAACUAGCUAGUUAGUAAUGAAAUCAGGACUGGUUUAGACUGAAUAGUGAACUAGCUAGUUAGUAAUGAAAUCAGGACUGGUUUAGACUGAAUAGUGAACUAGCUAGUUAGUAAUGAAAUCGACUGGUUUAGACUGAAUAGUGAACUAGCUAGUUAGUAAUGAAAUCAGACUGGUUUAGACUGAAUAGUGAACUAGCUAGUUAGUAAUGAAAUCAGACUGGUUUAGACUGAAUAGUGAACUAGCUAGUUAGUAAUGAAAUCAGACUGGUUUAGACUGAAUAGUGAACUAGCUAGUUAGUAAUGUAGUAAGUAGUGUAAAGGGAUGAUUGGUGUUUUUCUCUCAGUGGAAUUAGAAAAAAAACUUACUGGAAUCUUUGAAUGCUGUUUUCUCACUUUAUACUUUUUUUUGGCUGAAGUCAACUUUAAAAGCCCAUAACUCAAGUUCUGAUAAAGAUAUCUCAGUGAUUUUAAAAAGAUCCGAAGUUUUCCGAAGUUUUCAGACGCAAUAUCAACGCAAUAUCCAUGUAUUUCAGUGUCUAAGACUGCCAUGUAGAUAUUAUACAAUUGUAAAGCGAAUUUGGGUCCUUUUUAAAAAGUGCGAUAUAAAUACUGUUUUUAUUAUUAAAACUUUUAACUUUUUUAUUUAAUUUUCAAGGUGCUGGUAGACUCGGUCUGCAGUGACACUCCCUCCCCCGCCAGCGCCUGGCCCUCCUCCUCGUCCUCCUCAGGCUCGAACUCUGCAGCCGGCAGCAGCUCCGGCUCCGGCAGCGACCCCGAGCUCACCUCAGAAUGCAUGGACGCAGACUCCGCCUCUAGCUCGGGCUCGGAGAAGAACUUGGCCGCCACGAUGAUGGUGGCCGCCACCGCGACAUCGUCCGUGUCAUCGGCCAGCGCUAACGGAGACGGAGACGGUAACAGGAACCGGCAGCAGGGGCGGAACCGCUUCUCCCCGCUAACGGUGGUUAACGGCAGCGCCCCUCCCGGGAGCGACGGUGGCGAUGACGUAAUAACGUGUAACGGGGCGGUGAAGGGCCCGUGGGGUGGCGUGGCUAACGGCUCCACGAUGAACAUCGGCCCCAACGACGACGACGCCGCCGCCGCCGCCGACGGUAGCCACGCCAACAAGCUGAGCCCCUGGGCGUCGGCCAAUGGAAUGGAGGUGACCCCCAGCACUUUGAACCCAAAGGCUAACCGCAGUGCCUGGCCCGACCCCCAGGGACCCCCUGCCUGUAAGAUUGGCCUGCAGGGAGGUUCUCUGGGCUGGGGAGGGAUGCAGCCGGGCAGCCUCUCUCCGUCUCUGGCUGAACAGCGACACGACCUCCUGAACGGUACUACUGUCAAGGCUCGCCACCUUAACACCGAAGCAACCAACGGACCAAAUAACACUACUAACGCCGUCGACACCUCUAGUUUACCAAACUCUACAGGCGGCUCCGUGCAGAUGAGCGAGCCCGGCUCUGGGCUGCGUUCCUGGGGAGCCGGUGGAGGAGGAGUGGGGUCAGCCCCUGGAGAUCAGCUCUCCAACGGGCCCCUGUCUGGCACCCAGCAACCCCGCAGCGAGGGCCUGGCAGGGGGCUUCUCCAUGCCCUGGGGGGCCUCGGGCCCUGGAGACACUGUGAACGGCCAGGGACGGGGCCAGUCCUCCCCUGCUGCUACUACUGCUGCUUACAAUGGUAAUAAUAACAGCAAGGCCCCUGGAGGGAGGUGGGACUCUGGCCCAGCUGCAUCCCCCCUUCCUCACAACCCUGUCCUUGGGGGCCGGAGUGGGGAGCAAUGGGAACGGAGUGGGUCCUGACGGGAUCCCCCGACCGCGGGGCGGCGGCGCCGCCUCCUCUUCCUCCUCCUCCUCCUCUUCUUCGUCCGGCUCCUCCUCCAACAGGCAGCCCUCCAAUGGGGAGUGGAGCUCGUUGCCCGGCAACAACUCUCGGCAUUCCGGCGACGGCCGGAAGCCAGGGGGAGGAGCCAACGGCUGGAAGAGCCUCGAAGAUGACGCCCUCGGGAUGGGAGGAGGAGCGAGAGGAGGAGUGCAGGGACCUCCGAGAGGGUGCUGGGGGAGGUCUGGAGGCAGCGAGGGGAGUGGGGAGAGCUCUGGAGGUCCUAACUCCGACGGGGACAGGAACGACCCCCGUCGAAGAGGCCCCCUCCCUGGGUCAACUCAGCCAGUCCUCUCCAGCUCAGACGUGGACCCUCGCGUCCUCUGCAACACCGGCUGGGGCCAGACCCCAGUACGCCAGAACACCGCCUGGGACGUCACCUCUCCCGCCCCCAGACCUGACGACAGGAAGCCCAGUAACGGAGGCCCCGGCUGGGGCUCGGCAGGCCACAAAGCACCCUCUCAGACCUCCAGCUCUGGAGGAUGGGGGGACGGGCCGGGCAACAACGCAGGCCCAGAGUCAGGAGGGUCUGGCUGGGCGGAGCGGAAGGCCUUGUCUGGGUGUGGAGACAGAGACACCACUGGAGGAGAGGGGAGAUGGGAGGAUGGAAGCUCCUUUAAGAACAACAGCAACUCCUCCUCUAGCUGGGGGGACAGCCAGAAGGAGGACCGCUCCAACACCUGGACCAACGCUCCUAAACCCCAAAAGCAGGGCUGGGGCGCCCCUAGUGGUGGUGGUGGUGGGGGGAGACCGCUCCAGAGGAGGAGGGGGGCAGCUACUGGGGCCAGCCCCAGAAGACUAGCGGGUCUGGGGGAUGGGACAACGACAGCGACCGCUCAGGGUCUGGAGGAUGGGGCGAGCCCGGCCGUCCGGCCAACACCAACACACACCCCAGCAGCAGCAGCAGCACCUGGGGCGGCAGCGGAGGGUCCAGCACGCCCGAUCAGACCCACGGCAACAACCCCAACAACCUCACUCUGGCUGGGGAGAGCCCCCCAAGCCCCAGCCCCAGAACCACCCGACCCAGGGGGGCUGGGGAGAGCCAGCCAUGAAGCCCAGCCACCCCUCUCAGAGCUGGGGUGACCCGGCGCCUAAACCCUGCCCCUCCGAGUGGGGUAAAGGCCCAGACUCUAACCCCAACCCCGGCCCGGACCCUAGAGGACCUCCCCCAGGCCCCGGGGGUUCCAAACCCAGCGGCUGGAUGGGGGGGGCGGCGGUCCCCGCUGGACCGUCCCAUCAGGAGGAAGAGUCUACGGGAUGGGAGGAGCCCAGUCCGGAGUCGGUGAGGAGGAGGAUGGAGAUCGAUGACGGGACCGCCGCGUGGGGAGACCCGAGCAAAUACAACUGCAGCGGGGUUAAUAUGUGGAACAAGACCAGCCAAUCAGAGCAGGACGCCAUGGCCAUGACCACACCCCCCCAGCCCCAGCAGCAGCCCCCCCCACCCCAGAACAGCGUGGCCAACAAGGACAAGACCUGCAGCCCUGGUGAGUGGAGGGGACUGUACACUCACACUGUAUGGACCACACACACACACACACACACACCGUACACACACACACCACACACACACACCGUACACCACACACACACCACACACACACACCGUACACACACACACCACACGCACACACCACACACACACACACCACACACACACACCACCACACACACACACCCACACGCGCACACCACACACACACACACACACACACCACACCCAAACACCACACACACACCACACACCACACACACACACACACCCACAUUGUGUCCUACACCUCCCCUUAGUGUGUGUUUCAGGGCUUUUAUGGUGGCGUCAUCCUUCUGGAAUGUUCUAAGCAUUGAUUUUCUCCCUCUGAGCUGAGAGCGCAGACAGAAACACAGACCUUUGUUUGGCCUGAAAUACAGAGUUCCAGAGGAUGGGGAGACUGCAGAGAAAGGGGGGAGACUGGAGAGGAAAAGGGGGAGACUGAGAGGAAAGGGGAGACUUAGGAAAAGGAGGGAGACUGAGAAAAGGAGGGUAGACCGAGGACGGGGGGAGACUGAGAGGAAAGGGGUGAGACUGAGAGGAAAGUGGGAGAUGAGAGGAAAGGGGAGACUGAGAGGAAAGGGGUAGCUGAGAUGAAAGGGGGUAGACUGAGAGAAAGUGGGGGAGGGGAAGUGAAUGGAAAGGGGGGAAACUGAGAGGAACGGGGAGACUGAGAGAAAGGGGAGACUGAAGGAAAGUGGGGGAGGAUUGAGAGGAAGGGGGGAGACUGAGAGAAAGUGGGGGAGACUGAGGGAAAGGGGGAGAGACUGAGAGAAAGGGGGAAGACUGAGAGAAAGGUGGGAGAGACUGAAGAAGUGGGGAGACUGAGGAAAGGGUGGAGAGACUGAGAGAAAGGGGGGAGACGAGAGAAAUGGGGGAGACUGAGAGAAGUGGGGAGAUGAAGAAAGGGUGGAGAGACUGGACGAAGGGGGAGACUGAGAGAAAGGGGAGACUGAGGAUGAGGGGAGACUGAGAGGAAGGGUGGGAGAGGGAACUGAGAGGAAGGGGGGAGACUGAGAGGAAGGGGGGAGACUGGGAGACAGAGAAAGGGGGGAGACUGAAGAAGGGGGGACUGAGAGAAGAGGGGAGACGAGAGGAAAGGGGGAGAGACUGAAGGAAAGGGGGGAGACUGAGAGAAAGGGGGGCGACUGAGAAAGGGCAGACAGAAAGGGGAGAGACUGAGAAAAAGGGGAGAGACUGGGAGAAAGGGGGAGAGACUGAGAGGAAAUGGGGGACUGAUGAGGAGGAGAGAGGAGGAGACUGAGAGGAAGGGGGAACUGAGGGGAAAGGGGAGACUGAGAGGGAAAGGGGGAGAGACUGAGAGGAAAGGGGGAGAGACUGAGAGGAAAGGGGGAGACUGAGAGAAAGGGGGGAGACUGAGAGGAAAGGGGGGAGACUGAGAGGAAAGGGGGAGACUGAGAGGAAAGGGGGAGACUGAGAGGAAGGGGGGAGACAGAGAAAGGGGAGAGACUGAGAGGAAAGGGGGAGAGACUGAGAGAAAGUGGGGAGAGACUGAGAGAAAGUUGUAAGUCGCUCUGGAUAAGAAAAUGUAAAUGUAAAGUGGGGAGACUGAGAGAAAGGGGGGAGAGAAGCCCUCCGCGGACAGCGUUUAACCAGUCAGCUACUGAUAACAGAAGCCCUCCGCGGACAGCGUUUAACCAGUCAGCUACUGAUAACAGAAGCCCUCCGCGGACAGCGUUUAACCAGUCAGCUACUGAUAACAGAAGCCCUCCACGGACAGCGUUUAACCAGCCCAGCUACUGAUAACAGAAGCCCUCCGCGGACAGCGUUUAACCAGUCAGCUACUGAUAACAGAAGCCCUCCGCGGACAGCGUUUAACCAGUCAGCUACUGAUAACAGAAGCCCUCCACGGACAGCGUUUAACCAGUCAGCUACUGAUAACAGAAGCCCUCCUCGGACAGCGUUUAACCAGCCCAGCUACUGAUAACAGAAGCCCUCCUCGGACAGCGUUUAACCAGUCAGCUACUGAUAACAGAAGCCCUCCUCGGACAGCGUUUAACCAGCCCAGCUACUGAUAACAGAAGCCCUCCGCGGACAGCGUUUAACCAGCCCAGCUACUGAUAACAGAAGCCCUCCUCGGACAGCGUUUAACCAGCCCAGCUACUGAUAACAGAAGCCCUCCUCGGACAGCGUUUAACCUGUCAGCUACUGAUAACAGAAGCCCUCCUCGGACAGCGUUUAACCAGCCCAGCUACUGAUAACAGAAGCCCUCCACAGACAGCGUUUAAGCAGUCAGCUACUGAUAACAGAAGCCCUCCGCGGACAGCGUUUAACCCAGUCAGCUACUGAUAACAGAAGCCCUCCACGGACAGCGUUAGUGUGUGUGUGAUAGGUCAGUCACAUGGGACAUUGGAGCAGCGAUCAGCUCUAUUUCUACUGAGGGUGGGGGAGGGGGGGGGGGGGGCAGAGACCUGGAGUCACACACAGACACACACACACACACACACACAGACACUCAAACACACACACAGACACACACACACACACACACACUCAAACACACACACACACAGUCAGUCAGUGUAAGUAAACAAAGCUUACAUAAGCGUGUUGCUACGGGGUCUCCUGGUGACCAGAGCAGGGGUCUCUGAACAGGGCAGUUCUCUACUACCAUACACAGAACUGCUGAACAAAAUGCCACCCUAUUCCCUAUAUAGUGCACUACUUUAGACCAGAGAAUGGCACCCUAUUCCCUAUAUAGUGCACUACUUUAGACCAGAGAAUGGCACCCUAUUCCCUACAUAGUGCACUACUUUAGACCAGAGCCCUAUGACACCCUAUUCCCUACAUAGUGCACUACUUUUGACCAGAGAAUGGCACCCUAUUCCCUACAUAGUGCACUACUUUAGACCAGAGCCCUAUGACACCCUAUUCCCUACAUAGUGCACUACUUUUGACCAGAGAAUGGCACCCUAUUCCCUAUAUAGUGCACUACUUUAGACCAGAGCCCUAUGACACCCCUAUUCCCUACAUAGUGCACUACUUUAGACCAGAGCUCUAUGGAACCCUAUUCCCUACAUAGUGCACUACUUUAGACCAGAGAAUGGCACCCUAUUCCCUACAUAGUGCACUACUUUAGACCAGAGCUCUAUGACACCCUAUUCCCUAUAUAGUGCACUACUUUAGACCAGAGAAUGGCACCCUAUUCCCUACAUAGUGCACUACUUUAGACCAGAGAAUGGCACCCUAUUCCCUAUAUAGUGCACUACUUUAGACCAGAGCUCUAUGACACCCUAUUCCCUACAUAGUGCACUACUUUAGACCAGAGCUCUAUGGAACCCUAUUCCCUAUAUAGUGCACUACUUUAGACCAGAGCUCUAUGGAACCCUAUUCCCUAUAUAGUGCACUACUUUAGACCAGAGCUCUAUGGAACCCUAUUCCCUACAUAGUGCACUACUUUUGACCAGGACCAGAGGCGCACCUCGUCCAUUUGUUCAUUCAUUCAUUUUCAUCGUUGGCAAGACGGCACACACAGAUACAGGCCUCUAUACAAUCACACAGAUACAGGCCUCUAUAAAAUCACACAGACACAGGCCUCUAUAAAAUCACACACAGAUACAGGCCUCUAUAAAAUCACACACAGAUACUGGCCUCUAUAAAAUCACACACAGAUACAGGCCUCUAUAAAAUCACACACAGAUACAGGCCUCUAUAAAAUCACACACAGAUACAGGCCUCUAUAACAUCACACAGAUACAGGCCUCUAUAACAUCACACAGAUACAGGCCUCUAUAACAUCACACAGACACAGGCCUCUAUAAAAUCACACAGAUACAGGCCUCUAUACAAUCACACAGAUACAGGCCUCUAUACCAUCACACAGACACAGGCCUCUAUAAAAUCACACAGAUACAGGCCUCUAUACAAUCACACAGAUACAGGCCUCUAUAACAUCGCACAGAUACAGGCCUCUAUAAAAUCUGCAUCGCAGAGAACGCAGACAGAAUCAUGGAAUCCAGACACUAAAACUGAAUUCAACAAUAUUCAAACGUAUUGAACUUAGUAGGGAAUCAACUAAAUGUAUUGAACUUAGUAGGGAAUCAACUAAAUGUAUUGAACUUAGUAGGGAAUCAACUAAAUGUAUUGAACUUAGUAGGGAAUCAACUAAAUGUAUUGAACUUAGUAGGGAAUCAACUAAAUGUAUUGAACUUAGUAGGGAAUCAACUAAAUGUAUUGAAAAUUAGUGAAUUUUCCUACCGUUAUUGUAAGACAUGAACAGAAUGCAUCAGGUGAUUUCGUAUUUUCUGCAACUUUCUGAAGAGGCAACGAGAAUUCCCCGUCUUUCUGUGUGGCGCGCGCAUCUAGCACUCUGUGUAACCGUUAGCGACGCAUCUAGCACUCUGUGUAACCGUUAGCGACGCAUCUAGCACUCUGUGUAACCGUUAGCGACGCAUCUAGCACUCUGUGUAACCGUUAGCGACGCAUCUAGCACUCUGUGUAACCGUUAGCGACGCAUCUAGCACUCUGUGUAACCGUUAGCGAUGACGCUGAUGAAGACAGUCUUCUGGCAGAGAUGGAAAGGCUUUAGCCCCAAAAAAACUCUCAAUUAAAAUGUGAACUACAAAGUAGCCCAUGUUUACCAUGGCAGAACGAUAUCACGAUUAGUUUUCAUCAAUCCACUGGGUAUUUGUUUUGCUCUACCGUCCCAAGUGCGCUACAAAAAACACACAGCUAAACAACAGCCUCUUGCUAGGCGCUACAUAAACACACAGCUAAACAACAGCCUCUUGCUAGGCGCUACAUAAACACACAGCUAAACAACAGCCUCUUGCUAGGCGCUACAUAAACACACAGCUAAACAACAGCCUCUUGCUAGGCGCUACAUAAACACAGCUAAACAACAGCCUCUUGCUUGGCGCUACAUAAACACAGCUAAACAACAGCCUCUUGCUAGGCGCUACAUAAACACACAGCUAAACAACAGCCUCUUGCUAGGCGCUACAUAAACACAGCUAAACAACAGCCUCUUGCUAGGUGCUACAUAAACACACAGCUAAACAACAGCCUCUUGCUAGGCGCUACAUAAACACAGCUAAACAACAGCCUCUUGCUAGGCGCUACAUAAACACAGCUAAACAACAGCCUCUUGCUAGGCGCUACAUAAACACAGCUAAACAACAGCCUCUUGCUAGGCGCUACAUAAACACACAGCUAAACAACAGCCUCUUGCUAGGCGCUACAUAAACACACAGCUAAACAACAGCUUCUUGCUAGGCGCUACAUAAACACAGCUAAACAACAGCCUCUUGCUAGGCGCUACAUAAACACACAGCUAAACAACAGCCUCUUGCUAGGCGCUACAUAAACACAGCUAAACAACAGCCUCUUGCUAGGCGCUACAUAAACACAGCUAAACAACAGCCUCUUGCUAGGCGCUACAUAAACACAGCUAAACAACAGCCUCUUGCUAGGCGCUACAUAAACACACAGCUAACCAACAGCCUCUUGCUAGGCGCUACAUAAACACAGCUAAACAACAGCCUCUUGCUAGGCGCUACAUAAACACAGCUAAACAACAGCCUCUUGCUAGGCGCUACAUAAACACAGCUAAACAACAGCCUCUUGCUAGGCGCUACAUAAACACACAGCUAAACAACAGCCUCUUGCUUAGGCGCUACAUAAACACAGCUAAACAACAGCCUCUUGCUAGGUGCUACAUAAACACACAGCUAAACAACAGCCUCUUGCUAGGCGCUACAUAAACACACAGCUAAACAACAGCCUCUUGCUAGGCGCUACAUAAACACAGCUAAACAACAGCCUCUUGCUAGGCGCUACAAAAACACACAGCUAAACAACAGCCUCUUGCUAGGCGCUACAUAAACACAGCUAAACAACAGCCUCUUGCUAGGCGCUACAUAAACACAGCUAACCAACAGCCUCUUGCUAGGUGCUCACUUCAAUUAAAGGGGAACUACACCCAUAAACACAGCUAAACAACAGCCUCUUGCUAGGUGCUCACUUCAAUUAAAGGGGAACUACACCCAUAAACACAGCUAAACAACAGCCUCUUGCUAGGUGCUCACUUCAAUUAAAGGGGAACUACACCCAUAAACACAGCUAAACAACAGCCUCUUGCUAGGUGCUCACUUCAAUUAAAGGGGAACUACACCCAUAAACACAGCUAAACAACAGCCUCUUGCUAGGUGCUCACUUCAAUUAAAGGGGAACUACACCCAUAAACACAGCUAAACAACAGCCUCUUGCUAGGUGCUCACUUCAAUUAAAGGGGAACUACACCCAUAAACACAGCUAAACAACAGCCUCUUGCUAGGUGCUACAUAAACACAGCUAAACAACAGCCUCUUGCUAGGUGCUCACUUCAAUUAAAGGGGAACUACACCCAUAAACACAGCUAAACAACAGCCUCUUGCUAGGUGCUCACUUCAAUUAAAGGGGAACUACACCCAUAAACACAGCUAAACAACAGCCUCUUGCUAGGUGCUCACUUCAAUUAAAGGGGAACUACACCCAUAAACACAGCUAACCAACAGCCUCUCGCUAGGUGCUCACUUCAAUUAAAGGGGAACUACACCCAUAAACACAGCUAAACAACAGCCUCUUGCUAGGUGCUCACUUCAAUUAAAGGGGAACUACACCCAUAAACACAGCUAAACAACAGCCUCUUGCUAGGUGCUACAUAAACACAGCUAAACAACAGCCUCUUGCUAGGUGCUCACUUCAAUUAAAGGGGAACUACACCCAUAAACACAGCUAAACAACAGCCUCUUGCUAGGUGCUCACUUCAAUUAAAGGGGAACUACACCCAUAAACACAGCUAAACAACAGCCUCUUGCUAGGUGCUCACUUCAAUUAAAGGGGAACUACACCCAUAAACACAGCUAAACAACAGCCUCUUGCUAGGUGCUCACUUCAAUUAAAGGGGAACUACACCCAUAAACACAGCUAAACAACAGCCUCUUGCUAGGUGCUCACUUCAAUUAAAGGGGAACUACACCCAUAACCACAGCUAAACAACAGCCUCUUGCUAGGCGCUCACUUCAAUUAAAGGGUAACUACACCCAUAACCACAGCUAAACAACAGCCUCUUGCUAGGCGCUCACUUCAAUUAAAGGGGUAACUACACCCAUAAACACAGCUAAACAACAGCCUCUUGCUAGGUGCUCACUUCAUUAAAGGGGAACUACACCCAUAAACACAGCUAAACAACAGCCUCUUGCUAGGUGCUCACUUCAAUUAAAGGGGAACUGCACCCAUAAACACAGCUAAACAACAGCCUCUUGCUAGGCGCUCACUUCAAUUAAAGGGGAACUACACCCAUAACCACAGCUAAACAACAGCCUCUUGCUAGGUGCUCACUUCAAUUAAAGGGGAAACGGAAACCUGAAAAAAAAAAAAAAAAAUGGUGAAAACUGAAUCGGGCAAAGAAAUCAAAUCAGCGUUUUUCUAGCGCUCUACAGAUCUGUGACGAGGCUAGAAACCCAGUUGGUCUUCCUAUUGAUCUAUUGGAGUCAGUACAACAUUAGUCUUCUAUUGAUCUAUUGGAGUCAGUACAACAUUAGUCUUCUAUUGAUCUAUUGGAGUCAGUACAACAUUAGUCUUCUAUUGAUCUAUAGGAGUCAGUACAACAUUAGUCUUCUAUUGAUCUAUUGGAGUCAGUACAACAUUAGUCUUCUAUUGAUCUAUUGGAGUCAGUACAACAUUAGUCUUCUAUUGAUCUAUUGGAGUCAGUACAACAUUAGUCUUCUAUUGAUCUAUUGGAGUCAGUACAACAUUAGUCUUCUAUUGAUCUAUUGGAGUCAGUACAACAUUAGUCUUCUAUUGAUCUAUUGGAGUCAGUACAACAUUAGUCUUCUAUUGAUCUAUUGGAGUCAGUACAACAUUAGUCUUCUAUUGAUCUAUUGGAGUCAGUACAACAUUAGUCUUCUAUUGGAGUCAGUACAACAUUAGUCUUCUAUUGAUCUAUUGGAGUCAGAAAAAACAUUAGUUUCUAUUGGAGUCAGUAAAACAUUAGUUUUUCUAUAGGUCGUAACAUUAGUCUUCUUUGGGGUAGUAAACAUUAGUCUUCUAUAGGAUCAAAACAUUAGUUUUCAUGGAGAAAGUACACUUUAGUCUUCUUUUGAUCUUAGGAGUCAGACAACAUAGUUUUUAUUGAUUAUAGGAGUCAGAAACAUUAGUCUUCUAUGGAUUUUAAAACAUUACCCUUUAUUUCUAUUGAGCAAAACAUUAUCUUUAUUGAUCUUUUGGAGCAGAAAACAUUAGUCUUCUUUUGAUCUAGGGAUCGACAACAUUAGUCUUUUUUGGAGUCGUACAAAAUUAGUCUUCUAUGGGUAUAAACAUUAGUCUUCUUUUGGAGUCAGUAAAAAACAUUUUUUUCUAUGGAGCCCGUAAAAACUUAUCUUCUUUUGGAUCAGACAACAUUAUUCUUUUUUGGAGUCAUUAAACCCAUUAGUUUCUUUGAUUGGAGUCAAACCAUUAUCUAUUGAUCAAAAAUAGUACAACAGGGGUCUUCUUUGUCUUUUGGAUAGUCAACAUUAUCUUCUUUUUAUCUAUAGAUCAUACAAAUUAGCCCUUUUGAUCAAGGGAGUCAGUACAACAGCAGAGUCCAGAAGGGACUGGUACCGUCAUUAGGAAUUCCAUUUUACUCCCUCCCUCCUCCCCUCUCUUUUCUCUCUCUCCCCCCCUCCAUUUUGGGGUGACGGUUCGGGGGUCCCCAGAAAAUGGAGUCAGGAAGUGGCCGACCCGUCAGGCCCCCUUCUUUGGACAAAGGGACAUCGGCCGGGGGGAAACCCAGGAACCCUCCACGGGAGGAGCUGGGACACAGGGGGAAAAGGGGGGGGGGAAAACCCUGGGGGACGGGGGCGGGGGAAGGGGAAACCAAAAAACCAAAACAACCGGGUGGGCCCACCCCUAAACCCGGGGGAGAAGCCCCCCCAAAACCGGGAAAAAGGAGGAAAAGGCCCCCCCCCCGGGGGAAAACCCCCCCCCCUUUUUUUUAAAACCGGCCAAAAAACCCAAAAGGGGGGACACCCCUUUUUUAAAAACCCAAAAGGACCCCAAGGGGGAAAAAACCCUUCCCCCUUUAAAACCAACAAGGAAAGAAAAGGGACACCCCCUUUCCUUUAAAACCAGACAGGAAGAAGAAAACCCCCAACGUCCCCUCCUCUUUUCCCAACGACAGAGAGAAAACCAGAACCCCCUCCCCCUUUUUUAAAAAACCAAAAGGAGAGAGCACCAACCUUAAAGCCCCCCCUUCUCCUUUUUACAACCAGGACAGAAAAGGACCCAACCGGGUGGCACCCCUUCUCCUUUUAAAACCAGGACAAAGGCCCCAAACCUGGGGCAGUCCCUCUCUUUUUUACAACAGGACAGAGGGGAAGGGACCCCAACCGGUGAGACAGUCCCCUUUUCCUUUUACUACCGGGGACAGAGGGGAGAGACCCCAAACCCUGGUGAGACAGUCCCCUCCCCUUUUAAACCCAGGGAAAAAGAGAGAGAACCAACCUGGUGAGACAGCCCCCCUCCUCCUUUAAAACCCAGGCCCGAGAGAGACCCAACCUUAGACACCCCCCUCUCCCCUUUUUACAACCAGGACGAGAAGAGACACAACCCCCCGGGUGAGAAAAUCCCCCUCUCCUUUACAACCGGGACAGAGGGAAAACCCCUGGGAGACACCCCCUUCCCCUUUUUUAAAACCAGGAAGAGAGAGAGAAAACCCCCCGGGGAAAAACCCCCUUCCCUUUACAACCAGGACAGAAGAGGGGACACCAAGGUGAGACGUCCCUCCCCCUUUUUAAACCCCGGGGAAGAGAGAGAAAGGGGGGAGACCCCAAACCUUAAACACCCCCCCCAACCGGGAAAAGGGGGCCCCCAACCGGGAGAAAGCCCCCCCCUUUUAAAACCGGGGAAAAAGGGAGAAACACCAACCUGGUGAGACAGUCCCCUCUCUCCUUUUACUACCAGGACAGAGAGAGAACACCAACCUGGUGAGACAGUCCCCUCUCUCCUUUUACAACCAGGACAGAAGAGAGAGACACCAACCUGGUGAGACAGUCCCCUCUCUCCUUUUACAACCAGGACAGAGGAGACACCAACCUGGUGAGACAGUCCCCUCUCUCCUUUUACAACCAGGACAAGAGAGAGAGAGAGACACCAACCUGGUGAGAAGUCCCCUCUCUCCUUUUACAACCAGGACAGGAGAGAGAACACCAACCUGGUGAGACAGUCCCCUCUCUCCUUUUACCCCAGGACAAAGAGAGAGGGGAACACCCCCGGUGAGACGCCCCCUCCCCCUUUUUAAACCAACAGAAAGGAGACACCAACCUGGUGAGACAGUCCCCUCUCUCCUUUUACACCGGAAGAGAAAAAAACCACCAACCUUGGAAGCCCCCCUUCCCACAAAGACAAAAGAGGAAAAAACCGGUGAGACAGUCCCUCCCUUUUUACACCAGGACAGAGGAGAAACCCCCGGGGGUGAGCAGUCCCCUCUCUCCUUUAAACCCAGGACAGAAGGAGAAAACCUGGAGCAUCCCCUUCCCCACAACCAAAAGGGGAGCCCCCCCCUUUUCCCCCCUUCCCAAAACCCAAGGGGAAGAGCCCCCCUUAACAGCCCCCCAAAAGGAAAAACCCAAGGGGCCCCCCCUUCCCCCCCAAAACCCAGGAAGAGACACACCAACCUGGGAGACAUCCCCUUCCCUUAUACCAGGAAAAAAGGGAAAAACACAACCUGAACAUCCCCCUCUCCUUAAAAACCAACAGGAAAAAAAAAAACCCCCCGGGUAACACCCCUUAUGACCUUUUAUUUUAUUUUUCCCCUUAAAAAACAAUUAACGGGAAAAAUUUUUAUUUGCCCCUUUAAAACCCCAAAACCGGCCCACUUUCCUUUUGGCGCCCUUCCCAAAAAAAUUCAGGCCUUUUUUUAAUUUUUUUUUUAAAUUUUUAAAAGGGAGCUAAGAAAAAAAUCUUUUUAAAUGACGGCCACCCCCCAACCCCCACAGGGGGGGCCCAGUCCCCCCUUCCCCCAACACCCUGUUCCCGGCCCCGGGGGUUCUUAUCCCUGCCUGGUCUUCGGGCCCACCCCCUCUGGGCCAAUCCAAAAACCCUCCCCUUUCUCCGGUCUACCCCUCUUCUCCCCCGGGUUUCCUACCCCCUCCCCCUUCCCCCCUUUGGGGGUUCCUAUCCCCCCCUCUCUCCGGGUCCCUCUCCAGGCCCUUUCCCCUUUUUCUCCCCAGGUCCUAUCCCUCUUCUCCCCAGGCCUACCCCCCCUUCUCUCUCCCCCCACCCCCUUUUUCCUCCCCGGUCCUUCCCUCUUUUCCAGGCCUUUUCCCCCCUUUUCCCCUCCUCCAGGUCCACCCCUUUUUCCUCCCGGGUCCCUCCCGGCCUACCCCCUUUCUCUCCCCGGUCUAUCCCCUUUUCCCCCAGGCCUUCCCCCUUUCUCCAGGUCCUUCCCCUUUUUCUCUCUCCGGGUCUAUCCCCUCUUCUUUUCCAGGUCCUACCCCCUUUCUCCCCAGGUCUACCCCCUUUCUCCCCCGGCCUAUCCCCUCUUCUUCUCCGGCCCUUCCCUCUUCUCUUUCCGGGUCCAUCCCCUCUUUUUUCCCAGGUCCUUCCCCUUUUCCCUUUUUCCCCCCCGGCCCUAUCCCUCCUCUCUCCGGGUCUACCCCCCUCUUCUUCCCGGGGGCCUUUCCCCUUUUCCUCUUCCGGCCCACCCCCUCUUCUCUUCCAGGUCCUAUCCCCCCCUUCCUUCCGGUCCACCCCCCCCCUCCUUCCCCCUCCAGGUCCACCCCCUCUUCUCCUCCGUCCUAUCCCUCUUUUUCUCUCCAGGUCCUACCCCCCUUCCCCUUCCGGCCCUAUCCCCCUUCCUUCGGGCCCCUAUCCCCUCUUCUCUCCGGUCCAUCCCCUCUCCUCUCCGGGCCUAUCCCCCCCUCUCCCCCGGGCCCCAUCCCCUUUCUCUCCGGGCCUACCCCCUCUUCUCUCCCCGGGUCCACCCCCUCUUCUCUCCCCGGGCCCUAUCCCCCUCCUCUCCCCCCCUCCUUCCCCCCUUCUCUCCCCGGGGUCUAUCCCCUCUUUUCUCCGGGCCCUACCCUCUUUCUUCCGGUCCACCCCCUCUUUUUCCUCCGGGUCCUUCCCCCUUUUUCCCCUCCGGGCCCACCCCCUUUUCCCUCCGGGUCCCCCCCCUUUCUCUCUCCCAGGCCCUUCCCCUCUUCUCUCUCCGGGUCCUAUCCCCUCUUUCUCUCCGGGUCCUAUCCCCUCUUCUCUCUCCGGGUCCUAUCCCCUCUUCUCUCUCCGGGGUCCAUCCCCCCUUUCUCUCCCGGGUCCUAUCCCCUCUUUUUCUCCCCGGGCCCUAUCCCCCUUUUCUCUCCCGGGGCCUACCCCCUUUUCUCUCUGGGGCCCCUUCCCUCCCCCUUCCCUCUUCUCCCCAUUUCUUCCCCCCCUCUCCCCGGGGCCACCUUUUUCCCCCCCCCCAGGUCUACCCCUCUUCUCUCCCCGGGUUUUUCCCCCCCCUCUCUCCCCAGUCCUAUCCCCCCUUCUCUCUCCGGGCCCUAUCCCCUCCUCCUCCCAGGUCCAUCCCCCCCUUUCCCCGGGCCCUACCCCCCCCUCUUUUCCCCGGGUCCACCCCUCUUCUCCUCCGGGCCCUCCCUUUCUCCUAGGUCCUACCCCCUUUUUUAUCCCCCCCUUUUUUGGCUAUCUCUUCUCUUGGGGGAAAAAAAGGGGGGGAGGGGGGGAAGGCAUCCCCCCCUUUCCCCUCCCGGUCCCCCCCCUUUCCCCUCCCGGGUCCACCCCUCCCCCUUCCAUCCUACCCCCCUUUUUUCCUCACCCCCCCUCCCCCCCUCCCCCUUUUACCCCUCCCCCCCAUCCCUAUCCCCUCUUCUCUCCUCCCCCCCCCCCCGCCCCCUCCAUCCUUUUCCCUUUUUCCCCCCUUCCCCCUCCUACCCCUCCCCCCCGGGGGUCUACCCCCCUUUCCUCCCCACCUUCCCCCCUUUCCUUUUUCCAGCCUACCCCUCCCCCUUCCUUCCGGCCACCCCUUUUCCCCCUCUGGGGGCCAUCCCCUUUUCCCCACCUACCCCCCCCUUUUUUUUUCCCUCCUAUCCCCUUUCUCUCUCCGGGCCCCCUUUUUCCCUUCCAGGUCCUAUCCCCUCCUUCUCUCUCCAGGUCCUAUCCCCUCUUCUCUCUCCAGGUCCUAUCCCCUCUUUUUCCCCCAGGCCCUUUUCCCUUUCUCUCCCCGGGGCCAUCCCCUCUUCUUCUCGGGUCCUAUCCCCCCUUCUUCCCCAGGUCCUACCCCCCUCUUCCCCUCCGGUCCUACCCCCCCUUUUCCUCCCCCACCUUUCCCCCCCCCUUCUCUCCCCGGCCCAUCCCCCCUUCUCUCUCCGGUCCAUCCCCUUCUCUCCCAGGUCUCCCUUUCUCUCUCCGGGCCCUUCCCCCCCCCUUUUAGGUUUUUUUUUCCCCGGGAAAAUUUUCUUUCCAGGUCCACCCCCUCUUCUUUUUUCCCGGGCCCCUUCCCCUUUCCCCCCGGGGUCCUAUCCCCUGUUCUUCCGGCCCUAUCCCCUUUCUUUCCCGGGCCUCCCCCCUCUUCCCCCCGGGGGGAAAAUUUUUUUUUUUAAAAAAGGCCAGUUUUCCCUCUUCUUUCCCAGGUUCUUUCCCCCGUUCCUCCCCCUGUCUCUCUCCGGGUUUCAUCCCCCUGUUCUCUCCCCCCGUUUUCCCCAGGUCUAUCCCCGUUCUUCCCCCGUCUCCCCCGGGUCCACCCCCCAUCUUCUCGGGUUCAUCCCCCUGUUCUCUCCCCCCGUCUCUCUCCAGGUCCCAAGCCCAUGCAGCCCAUGCAGCAGGAGAGUAGUAGCUGGUGUGGGGAGGAGGUGUCGUGCCAGUCCAGCUGGGAGCCAGAGGAGGAGGUGGAGAUUGGGAUGUGGAGCAACACCCCUAGUCACAGAGCAGGGGAGGACGGCCAGAGCAGCCCCGUCGGACAAAAAGGAACAAUGGCCCACAGCAACACAGCUGGAACUACAUGA